UUCGACUCCUUGAGUGAAAUUGAACAAAAACAAAUGCUCUCGAAUCUCAAUCUACAAAACCCUUCGUCUUUCGACGAUUCUUGAAUUCUAAUGAACAAUCAGAAUCCUUUCGGUUCUGAAUCUUUGAAAUCCUUAGUCUCUGCUUGAUACCGGCAACCUGUUGUGACGUUUGUCGCCUCCACGAGUUGGUUUAACCAGUGAAGCAGGGUAAAGGAAGGAGGCCAAGUGAGCAAUUGAACCCCUUGUUGCCCAAAUUUAUCAUCGAACGCUGUUGAAUUGAUUUGUAUUCUUUGUCCUACAUGGAGUCUACAACCCAAACUGACUAUGCUGCAUUUGAAGAGAAGGUGAGACGGACAGUUUACCUUGACAACCUGUCACCACAAGUUACUGAAUCAGUCUUGAAAACUGCCCUCAAUCAGUUUGGGUCCGUACAGAAUGUUCAAUUUAUUCCAAAUUACUUAGAAUCAAGGACUGCACAAUGUGCUUUGGUGGAGAUGAAGAACUUGAAGGAAGCCAAAGCUGUUAUCUCAACUAUGGGCGAAUUCCCUUUCAUGAUAUCUGGAAUGCCUAGGCCUGUGAGGGCACGUGCUGCUAAAAUGGAGAUGUUUGAUGAUCGUCCAAUUAGGCCAGGUAGAAGGAUAAGUUGCCGAUGGUUAGACCCUAUUGAUCCUGAUUAUGAUGUAGCACAAAAGUUGAAGAGACUUGUCAGACAACAUGAUGCUCAAUCGUCAUUCCUGCUCAAGCUACAACUGGCCCAGGAAGAGAAGCUCUCGAAGAACCAAGAAGCAGCUCUUAAGGCAAACAACAAGAAGUAUGAGAUGGUAGAAGCUGUCUUAGCUGAUGGAACUGCUCAGCGUUUGGCACGUAUAUAUGACGUACGAAUUUCAGAUGACUGAUAGAUUCUUCUCUUUUCUCAAGCCGGUUUCACUUACAAGCCAUGGUUUGUACAGAAUCUAAGAUAUGGCUUUCGAAUCCUGCCUUCUGAUUUUCAUCACCAUUUGGGCUAUUUGUGUAUCAUGGUACACUUCACAUUUUUGCCUAGGCCUUCCCAACAACUAAUACAAAUGCUUUCAGUAAAAGAUAUCUGAUAUGACAAAACUUGAAAGUAGAAUCGAAUUGUUGUUAUAUCUCAUGCAUCUUUCAUUAGUUUCACACUAUAGCGUUAUAAUUUCAACUGUGUUAUCUCGUGAAUGUGAAUGUUUUACAUAUGAUAUGAAUUCUAACUAUUGAUCCAGUAGACUAGGAGAAGUAUGCUUCUCUUUUGAAUACUUACAUGAUAAAUUCAUUUUCUUUUAGGCAGAGUUGUGGGUG